AUGGCUCCGCCGAAAUUCGACGGCAGCGCCCUGCCCAAGUCGAUCCUCAAGAAGAUCAACGCGCCUCAGGCUGGGAAGCCGCCGCCGCCUGCAGCCAGCGCGCCACCCCGGCAGCCGAGUCAAGAGCAAGAGCCGCAGGCCGCGCGCGACAAGCGAAACCGCGAGAUAGCUCUCUACCAUGCCCACCUGAUCCAGCAGCAGAAGGACGUCGAGGCCCAGAUCCUCGAUGCCAUUGUGCAGCUGAUCGACUUCCCGUCCUCUCCGGACGCGGACCCCAUGAGCCCGUCGCACGAUGACGCGUCAGUGUUCAAGGCCCUGAUAACAAACUUCCAGCCCUCAGACUACGACUCUCUGCUGGAGGAGCGCAAGUGCGCCGACAAGUGCGGCUACGUGCUCUGCCCGAAUAGGCCAAAGGUCGAUGCUAAUGCCGGCAAGAACAAGUUCAUAGUAAAGGGCCGCCAGCUCCAGAUCGUGCCUCGCGAGAAGCUCGAGCUCUGGUGCUCCGAUGACUGUGCCCGGCGCGCCUUGUUCGUCAAGGUCCAGCUGAACGAGGAGCCCGCUUGGCUCAGGAGGGCAGGCGUUGUCCCCCAGCUUGAGCUCAUGGCCGACAGACGCGCCCCGAACUCUCCUCCGGACUUGAAUUCCGUCAUGUCUGGCCUGUCUUUGGACGCCGCGCACUCCGGUACCUGGGCACGGUCUGCCGAUCAAGCUCAGAAUCUGAACAGAGCCAUGGCGGAUCUGGCCUUGGAGAGAGGCGAGCAAACCAUGUCUGCAAGAUCAUCGGGCUUAGUGAGAGACAGCAUCUCCGAGAACAGGGUCAUAUCACAGCCAAGUUUCCCAGCUUCAGCAGGCCACAUGUCGAUCGAGGGCUACGAACCUCGUGUGAAUGUGAAAAAUGGCAUUGAGCGGGACGAGGACGGAGACUGGAUCCUAUGA